AUGGCCAACUCGAGAAGUCCUCCGCCCGACACCAACACAGUCAUGACUGAAACGAAGACGGCCGAGACGAACCAACUCAAGCGCAAAUCGUUUGGUGCCUCGCCCGACCCCGACGUAGAUGAGAACGAAGACGCACCCAACAAGCGCCCAAGAACAGAGGAUAGUCCAGGCAGAAGCCCCAAACGUCAUGGAAACGGGACAAACAAGAAUGGGCAUGGGGAGAGAAAUGGAUCUCCAAUCAAGGACGCGUUCUUGAAGGAAGAGAGUCUUUCCCCGAAUGCUCGCAGACAGCGCCAAGCCGUGGACAUCCCCUCCUCGCCAGAGCAACGAAGGCGGCCUUCUGAGUCGAGGCGGUAUGAUGACCGCUCCCCGACCAGCCCGUCGGACCGACGCGGCUCUGAGACAAGCCGGCGGAUGUCAUCCUCACACGGAGCAGAGAGGGACCGCGACCGGCGGGAGAGCUACUCACAGGAGGAGAAGAAGCGCGGCAGGCGUCUGUUCGGUGGUUUGCUAAGCACACUAAGUCAAACCACGGCAAAUUCUCAGCAAAAGCGACGUCUGGAGAUUGAAAAGAAACAGCAGGAAAAAGCCGUCAAGCAAAAGACCGAGGACGACAAGCGCCGGACGGAGAAGCUCGCGAGACUCGACAAGGUCAGGAGGAUCGAGCAGGUUCGGUUUGAUGAGCAAGUGAUGCGCACCCGUCACUCAAACAUGCUUGCCAUGGCGCACAGCCUACGGACCAGGAGCGAGCCCAAGCUGUACUACCGCCCCUGGGAACUCACGCAAGAGCAAGAGGACAUCAUCAAGGACCAGAUCCGCGACGCAGAGGAUGACAUUGCGGACGAAGUCAGGCAAUUCAAGCGCCGCAAGGAGCAGAGACUCAGGGACCUGGGCGCUCUUGCCCUGCCUGGCCCACCAGAAGUUGAUCCUACGGUUGCCCCUACACCGAAAACAACCCACCACGAGGACAAGGAUCACGACGAGAUGGUCGAGGCGGAGGAGGAUACUGUCAUAUACUAA